UGACAGAGGGCUCACGUGAAAUCACCGCGCGCGCACGCGCACACACGAUGUGCUCUGUCUGCUUUCCAAUCUCAUCUGGAGGUUUUGGGGUAAAAUUGAUAGCCGCCUGUGACGUCACUGCGUUUCCGGUCUGUGCGGGAAGUCGCCUCGGUGGAGACGAACCAAUUUGCUGAUCGGCGGCGGCUUUGUUUUCUCCUGCUGCUGCUCGGGCUCUUUCUUUUUUUUCCCCUCCGCUCCAUCCAUCCAUCCAUCCAUCCAUCCAUCCAUCUCGCCCCGGAGGCGGGCAGGCGGGCAGGCGGGCGGCGAUGCUCCGCGCGGACCGGGCCGCCCUCGCAGCUGCGUCCGCCGGCUGUCGCGCUCACUAGCUCGGGCUCGUCCGCGCGUCCGUCAUGGUGCAGAAGUCGCGGAACGGCGGCGUGUUCCCCGGAGCGCAGGCCGACCAGAAGAAGCCGAAAGUGGGCUUCGUGGGUCUGGAGGCCGGCGGGACGGACUCCAGCAGGGACGGAGCGCUGCUCAUUGCAGCCGACGAAGGUCCUCGGCGCCAGCGCAGCAGCGCGUCGGGGGGCAAGAGAGCCCCCAAGAGGAACGCCCUCUACAGGCGGCUGCAGAACUUCCUCUACAACGUCCUCGAGAGGCCGCGCGGAUGGGCCUUCGUGUACCACGCAUACGUUCCUGCUGGUCUUCUCCUGCCUCGUGCUGUCCGUCUUCUCCACCAUCCGAGAGUACGAGAAGAGCUCCGAGGACGCGCUCUACAUCCUGGAGGUGGUGACCAUCGUGGUGUUCGGCGUGGAGUACUCGGUACGCAUCUGGGCGGCGGGAUGCUGCUGCCGCUAUCGAGGCUGGCGAGGGAGGCUCAAGUUUGCGCGCAAACCCUUUUGCGUCAUCGGUCAGUCUGCCACGUGCGAACAACACGCGCGCGCGCGCGCGCAUGCAAAGGUGUACUGGGGUUCGUGUCCGUGUGCGAAUCUGCGUGCACGUGCUUCCGCGCAGACAUCAUGGUGCUGAUCGCGUCCAUCUCGGUGCUGGCGGCGGGCACGCAGGGCAACGUGUUCGCCACGUCGGCCAUCCGCUCGCUGCGCUUCCUUCAGAUUCUGCGGAUGAUCCGCAUGGACCGGCGCGGGGGAACCUGGAAGCUGCUCGGAUCCGUCGUCUACGCCCACAGCAAGGAGCUGAUCACAGCCUGGUACAUCGGCUUCCUGUGUCUGAUCCUGGCGAGCUUCCUGGUUUAUUUGGCGGAGAAAGAGGACAACGAACAAUUUGAGACGUACGCCGACGCCCUCUGGUGGGGACUGAUCACCUUGACCACCAUCGGCUACGGAGACAAGUUCCCCAUCACUUGGAACGGUCGCCUGCUGGCAGCCACCUUCACGCUGAUUGGCGUUUCCUUCUUCGCUCUGCCAGCUGGCAUCCUGGGUUCUGGUUUCGCUCUGAAGGUCCAAGAGCAGCACAGACAAAAACACUUUGAGAAAAGACGAAACCCAGCAGCCGGACUCAUUCAGGCCGCGUGGAGGGUAUACGCCACAAAUCUGAGUCGAUCUGACCUGACGUCCACGUGGGACUACUACGAGAGGACCGUGUCCGUCCCCAUGUACAGGUUAAUUCCACCCCUCAACCAGUUGGACCUGCUGAGGAACCUCAAGAACAAGUCAGGACUGUCAUUCAGAAAGGACGUACAACCGGAACCUUCUCCUAGUCAGAAGGUGAGUCUGAAAGAGAGAGUCUUCUCAUCUCCACGCAGUUCAGGAACCAAAGGAAAAGGGUCUCCACAGCAUAUGGUCCCGGUGGUCGGUCCGGGCGUGGGUCCCAGUGUGACUCCCGGAGUUCCCAACGUGCCCGGGGGUGUUCAGGCCCUGCGCCGUUCCCCCAGCAUAGAUCCCAGUCUGGAGGACAGCCCCAGUAAGGUUCCAAAGAGCUGGAGCUUCGGAGAACGCAGCAGAACUAGGCAGGCCUUCAGGAUCCGAGGAGCCGCAUCCCGCCAGAACUCUGAAGUGCUCAUAGAGAUGCAGGAUGAAGAGUUCAGACAGAAGAGCUCGCCAGACGCGAGCCUCCCGGGAGAAGACAUGGCCGACGACAACAAGAGCUGCCACUGUGAGUUCGUCCCGCAGGAUUUGACGCCCGGCAUCAAGGUCACCAUCCGAGCCAUCUGUAUCAUGCGCUUCAUGGUGUCCAAAAGAAAGUUUAAGGAGAGUCUUCGUCCCUAUGAUGUCAUGGACGUCAUUGAACAGUAUUCAGCAGGACACCUCGACAUGCUUGCACGCAUCAAGAACCUUCAGUCCAGGGUGGACCAGAUCGUGGGCAGAGGAACACCAAUUGCAGACAAGGACCGACCCAAAGCUGCAGGGGAAGAACUCCCUGAGGAUCCCAGCAUGAUGGGACGCUUGGGGAAGGUGGAGAAGCAGGUCCUCUCCAUGGAGAGAAAGCUGGACUUCCUAGUCAAUAUCUACAUACAGCGAAUGGGAAUCCCUCAGACAGAGACGGACGCCUACUUUGGAUCCAAGGAACCAGACCCGGCGCCACCUUACCAUAGUCCGGUGGACCAGCUGGAGAAGAGCCAGUCCAUUCACAAGAUCCCUCAAGUGUUGCCAGCCGACAUUGUGGACAAGAGUCAUUUUGGGACCAAGAUGGUCCGGUCCAGCAGUUCUACUGGCCCCCGGAAUCACAACGCCACCACCUGCCCCCCCUCCACCUCCUGGCAGCCAAUCAGUUCCCAACUCCACCAACAGGCCCCGCCGCGCCCUCAGCGUAGCCACGGGAACACCCCAAGUCCGGCUGUGGACGGGUCACUGGUUCGGCUUCCACCGCCGCCGGCCGGAGAACGGCAUGGUGGGAAUCGACCUAACCGCCACAGUAGCGGAGAGAGGGGAGGGGCUGAGAGGGCCGAGAGGGGGGGCGAGGAAGCAGGAGGGGCAGCAGGGGAGGAAGAGGUGAAGCCCGACAGCGACCGCUCCCUGUCCAUCCCAUCUGUGGACCACGAUGAACUGGAGCACUCCUUCAGCGGGUUCUCCAUCUCGCAGUCCAGGGAGAAUCUGGACUUCCUCAACAACGGUUUCUACUCAACCACCAACCUGGGGGGAGCAGCGGGGGCCACCGUGAGACCCUACAUCGCGGAGGGCGAGUCGGACUCUGACUCGGAGCUCUGCGCGCCCUCGCCGCACUCGGACCGUGCCUGGACCGGAGCGAAGUAGACCCAAGUGGAAAUGAGGUAGAACCAGCAUAACUCUAAAUAAAAGAAAUAGUAAUAAUAAUAGAAAUGUGAAAAAACACCAGCUGUAAAAGAAAGCAAGACAAAGACAUAACCUACCAGCUGGUUUCAUCUACUUUGGUUUUCUGAUCACUGCAACACACAAGACACGCUUGCACCAGGUUGGUUGACGGCAGGGUAAAGCUUGCUCCUGGUUGGUCACUGCAAGGACACACUUGCGCCUGUGCGGUUCACUGCAGGCACACGCUUGGUCUUAAUUGGUUCACUGAAACACUGAUAAGACACGCCCACACCUGACUGGUUCACUGCAGGGACACACCCGCUUCUGGUUUGACACGGAGGACACACUCACGCCUGAUUGUUACACUGCAAAUAGUAAAUGGACUGCACUUAGGUAGGUAGCGCUUGAUCUGCACCGUCACAGUGCCCAGAGCGCUUUACAAAGCCGCACAUUCACCCACAUUUCAUAAACCAAUGCCAGGCCCAUUGGGAGUAAAUUAGGGUUCAGUGUCUUGCCCAAGGACACUUCGACACCUUGCCCAGGGAUUCGAACCAACUACCCUCGACCUACUGACCCACAGCCGCCCCACGUGCCACUGCAAGGACACGGUAGCCCCUGAUUGGUAGCGCCUGAUGGGUUCACUGUGACACCGAGGGGACAUGUUUGAACGCUCGCACCCGAAUGGUUCACGCUAGUUGCCCGCUUGUUUCUGCGUGAAACACACUUUGUAUGUACGUGUCCAAGUGAUCCAGCAGUAAAACAUGUACUGAUUGUUUUGGAAAAGGUGACGUGCCUAGUUUUUACGAUGUUUGCCUGAAGGUGGCGCCCAAGCUUCAGCCAGUCACACAAACGACAGAAAAUCCAAUUUGCCUUUUUCAAUAAUUAUCAUUGGAAACAAUAAGCCAGAAGACACUUCAGUGGUCUUUAAAAAAAAAAGUCUUUGAGCUAGCUAGCUAGCUAGCAUUGCUAGAUGGACAACAGCCAACGCAAGCGCUAGUUUGUUCAAAGCUUCCACCACUUCAAAUGCUAACAAACGAUUGAGUCUCAAGGCUAUAUUAAAUUAUUUACAUUAUUAUGCUAACUUAGCAUGGCUUUCUGUGCUCUAUUAUAGAGAGCAGCGCUCAUGCUAACGAGUACAGCUAACGGCAUUAAUGCAGGCUUGUGUUAUAUAUAAUCGACGAGUACCGUGUGCGAAACGGAGACAUGUUCGCAAAUCUUACCGUUUAAAAAGACUUAACUUUGGAAUGUGGAGGAAACAGUUAGCUCACGAGCUAACAUGCUAAUGCUGCAGCUCCACAGAAAGCUCAUCAAAAAAGUGAGAAAGCUUACUGAAUGGUCACUUUUUAUAACCAGCAACUCGCAUCCAUCAAGACAAGUCGGGAAGUUUCCGUUUUGCUAAAACACAAACUAACGCUGUGCGCACACAAAUAGGUUGUUUGUUCCCACACAUAUGGCUUCCCUUUCAUGUAUUCAUAAAAAGAUCACGUCUAUGCUCAGUUUAUCUUGUACUACAGUAUAAUUGAUCAUUAACAACCAAAAUGCUCAAACAUGCUGACUGAAUUUAAAAAAUUAAUGUACCUUGUUGGAGGGAAUUAUUGAAAGCGCUCUCCCAAGGUAAUCAAAUGUCAAAUCUGAAAUUGUGUUCCCCAAUAAAUGAACAAAUGGUGA